UUGGUGUAAUAUCUCUCUCUCUUGUCUCUCUUCUAUCUCUCUCCUAUAUAUACGUGUGUUAUGUAUGAAGUUGUUACACUCUAGAGAUGUCAGAUGACACAAUAUACCAUCAUGUCGACGGGCAUAGGCGACACUCUCUAGUUGUGUCGUUACACUCUGGAUAUGUGAAUAAACGAAUAAACAUCAUUACCUAGAGUAGCGGUAAGCUACUCCACCUCUAUCCAGUUUGUCAAUACGGUAUAAACUCAACAGAGUCUUAUUAAUCGUUACAGGCAACUGGUGGAACGGGAAAUCAGCCUAGAUGAUAUUACACCAGCAGUAUGUGUACUUGUAAUUUUUUUAUUUAAAAAUAGACUCAUUUUUACUUUAAGCGACGAGUUAAGUUACUACAAAAGAAAUUUCUGGUCUAGCACAAACGAUGAUUGUGAAAUUGUUAGCAAUUACUCACAUGACAAUGUUUUCGAGGUGAAAUUCAUUGUCUUACAUGAGCCAAUUUAUCUUUCGUUCCGUUGAAGAACUGCUUAUAUUUUAUUUAGUUCUAUAACAUGCAACAGAUUUGAUUCAAAAUCGACGUGCUGAAAUCGCUAUGACAUACUAAUAUGUUAAUCAAAUGUUAGAUAGUUGAUUAGUUGUCUACAAUGUGAAUAGUGAACGUUCAGAUGCUGGAGAAGAAAAUGUGAAUUCAAACUGUUUUAAUUCAUACUAGUACAUCACUUGUGGAAUGCCAAUGCUUAGAGGAGAAAAGUAUUCGUAUUAUUUCUAAAUAUUCAUUGAAUCAAGAUAUUAGGUUUUGUAUAGAGAUAUUGACGAUGAUAUUCAGAUGAGUGAAUUUGCUUUAAAAAAAAGCGUUCCUUUGGAACUUGCUGACCUAGAUUUACGUGCUAGUUGGACCACGAACAAUACAUGUUGAUGAUAAACUAUGUGAAGUCGUUCUUUCAACUGAUAGUGGGAUAAUUCGUGAUAGUAAUAAAAUCAUGCUUAUGAGAGCAUUAAAAUAUACAACAUGCUAUUUGCUUUCAGUGUGGCAUUAUAUAUAAUAAGUAACUUUGAUUCGCAUUCCGUAUCGUUUUAAACAGCUAUUUCGAGAAUUUAUUCUAAUGAAACGUCAGUUAUUCAAACAUUACAAUCUUAUCAUCCAAUAAUUCAUGUGCAGAAACAUACGAAAUUUUUUAUUGGAUCAUUUAGUUUAAUAAAUCCAUUGACUAUCUUAAUCAACGAGCUGAAUAUAUCCGUGUCAUUAUUAUUGAAUGGCCAACAAAAUCUUCAAUUACAGUAGCACACAUUGUUUCAGCAGAUAUUCAAUGUAGUUUACUCAGUGCUCGACGUUGUGAAAAUUUCGAUGAUUAUUGUCAACAAGUUGAUUGA